GGCGAAAACUGUUGCCCCUUCUAAAACCACCCUAUCUAGAAUUACAUAGCUGGUUUAUCUUGUUUGAGGAUUCACGACCAAAGAAGGUGAUCACUUUUUUAUAUAUUAUAUGAAAAGAAUUAUGCAUAUUUCUACAGUUUCAGUAAACCUGUUAGUGAUAGUCCUUUCUUUGCUUAGCCGUACAACUGAAGCUCAGCAUCCUACUUAUCUCUACCACGUAUGUCCAAACACCAGCACUUUCUCCUUAAACAGCGCCUACCAGGUCAAUCGCGAUAGCUUAUUAUCAUCACUGUCUUCUAAUGGUUCCCGUGGAGAUGGUUUCUAUAACACUACAUCAGGCAGGAGCCCUGCCAUGGUAUACGGCCUUUUCCUCUGUCGCGGAGAUUUUUCUACCAGCGUCUGCCAACAGUGCGUCGCCACUGCCGCCACCGAUAUAUCUCGACUUUGUCCUGUUGAAACAACGGCGGUGGUCUGGUACGACGAGUGCCUCCUACGAUACUCGAAUCAAAAUAUAUUCUCCGUAUUGGCUGUAAGCCCUACAGUUUACAUGUAUAACACGCAAAAUAUAACUGAUCAAGACUAUUUCAACGAGUUAUUGGCGGCUUCGGUGCUGGUUGCUAUGAAUAGUAUGUCAAUCCAGUCGGAAAAUGAACCACCAGGUGCUAAAAAAUUUGCUGCUAAUGAUACCCAAAUUUCGAGAAAUCAGACACUGUACAUCCUUCAGCAGUGUACACCGGACUUAUCAGGCACGGAUUGCCGUGGAUGUCUGCAAUUCGCAAGAAGAAAUCUUCCAACCGGAAGACGAGGAGGAAGACUGUUGAGUCCUAGCUGCAACAUCAGAUAUGAAACUUACCCGUUCUAUUAUCAAACACCAGUUGCAGCCCCACCUCCUCGAACACCAGCAGAAGAGAAUCAAAGCGAAUCAAACCGGACUCGGGUUCUCGUUGCAACUUUAUCAGCUACGUUUGCGUUACUUGUGAUUUCUCUCUCUGGUUUCAUCAUCUGGAGGAGGAGAAACAAUCGAGAGGAUACAGAAAAUAGCCAAGGAGGUCAGUUUCUUGACAUGGUAGAGGGAAGAAUUCCCAAUGAGUACUCAAGGGAAACUUUCAGUGGAGAAAAUGGGGAGAGAUCUCAAGAGUUUCCUUCUAUUCAACUGGAUAUCUUACUUGCAGCAACAAAUUACUUUUCUCGUGAAAACAGGCUAGGCGAGGGUGGAUUUGGUCCUGUCUACAAGGGGAUACUACCAGAUGGUAAAGUAAUUGCAGUUAAAAGGCUGUCACGAACUUCAGGUCAAGGGAUCGUCGAGUUCCAGAAUGAAGUCAUGUUAAUCGCUAGAUUACAACAUAGAAAUCUUGUGAGGCUCUUGGGGUGUUGCUUGGAGAAGAAUGAAAAGCUGCUUGUAUAUGAAUUCAUGCCCAACAAAAGCUUGGACGUCUUCCUCUUCGAUUCCAACUUUGCUGUGCAAUUAGAUUGGCAGAAACGAUUCAACAUUAUUAAAGGAAUUGCUCGAGGUAUCAUGUAUCUACAUGAAGAUUCUCGUCUUAGAAUUAUACACAGAGACCUUAAAGCAAGCAAUGUUCUGCUUGAUCAUGAAAUGAAUCCCAAGAUUUCAGAUUUCGGCAUGGCAAGAAUUUUUGAAGAUAAAAACGAAGCAAAUACCAAUAGAGUAGUUGGAACAUACGGGUACAUGGCACCCGAAUACGCAAUGCAAGGACUCUUUUCGAUCAAAUCCGAUGUUUUCAGUUUCGGAGUCCUUCUGCUAGAGAUAAUCAGCGGAAAAAAGAACAACACUUUUCAUCUUUCAGAAAAUGGUGAAAGCCUGCUGAUUUUUGUAUGGAAGCUAUGGUCCAAAGGUGACGGAAUGGAGUUAAUAGAUCAGCUACUUGUUCCGUCGUGUGUGGCUUCCGAGGUGCUUAAAUGCAUUCAUAUUGCGUUAUUGUGCGUGCAAGAAGAUCCAGCAGAUAGGCCAACCAUGUCAUCUGUGAUUUACAUGUUGGCAAGCGAUGGUACUAUCACACUUCCUAAUCCAACUGAACCUGCAUUUUCGGUUGGACGUGUGGUUUCAGAACCAAUUUCAAAUGAUGGAGCCUGCUCGGUUAAUGAGGUCACUAUUUCAAAUUUCUCGCCUCGUUGAUUGAUCCUUGUUUUAAGCAUUCUGGCCAACCAAAAUCCAAUAAAUGCAAUGCAUCUGAA